AUGCCCUCCCUUUACCGAAUCGGAGUCGAUGUUGGAGGUACAAACACUGACGCCGCAAUUCUCGACAUACGAGCCACCAAUAACCCUGGCCGUGGCGUCCUGGCCUCUCACAAAGCGAGCACAACGAAAGACAUCACCAGCGGUAUUGAAGCAGCAAUAAGAGCAGUCAUACGCGAUUCCGAUGUUGAUCAGAGUUGCGUCCUCAGCGUUACGAUAGGGACAACACAUUUCAUCAACGCUCUUGUAGAAGCAGACGCCAGAAGACUUGACCGUGUCGCUGUACUAAGGUUAUGCGGGCCCUUUACUAGACAACUACCACCGUUCGCCGACUUUCCCCUAGGACUCAGGACGAUUCUCGACGGAGGGGUUUAUUAUCUUGAUGGAGGACUGGAGAUUGACGGACGGGAGAUAUUGCCGUUAAACGAGGAACAGAUUCGACAAGCUGCCAGGGAUGUUGUCGCCAAGGGUAUCAACGUCAUAGCUUUGGUGGGAGUAUUCUCACCACUCGACCACGAUGGUCUUCACGAGAAACAAUGUCGACGAAUUAUUCUUGAGGAAUGUCCAGGAUUGCAAAUCGUAUGUUCUCACGACAUCGGCCCAACAGGAUUCUUAGAACGCGAAAAUGCUACCAUUCUCAACGCCUCCAUCUUACGGACCGGCCAUCGCGUCAAGAAGGGUUUUAAGCGAGCCAUGCAUCGACUACAACUUACAUGCCCACUCUUCCUAUCACAAAACGACGGAACGUUGAUCGAUGCGGAUACCGCUGCUGAAUUCCCAAUCAAGACUUUUGCGAGUGGUCCUACGAAUAGUAUGACCGGUGCUGCGUUCCUUGCUGGGCUGGAUCAUCACAAAGAAGCUGAAGAGGAGGAGCCGCAAAUUCUCGUCGUCGAUAUCGGAGGUACCACUACGGAUGUCUGCGCUUUGCUGCCUUCUGGUUUUCCACGUCAAGCGCCCGGUUUUGUCGAAGUGGGUGGUGUCCGGACUGCAUUCUCUAUGCCCGAGGUUGUCUCAAUUGGUCUUGGAGGGGGGAGCAAAGUGCAAGUCGACGCCGAGACGGAAAAUGUGACUAUCGGGCCUGGAUCGGUCGGUCACUGCAUACAGCAGGAAGCAAAGAUCUUUGGCGGCAAGACUUUGACGGCGAGUGAUAUCGUCGUUGCCCUGGGCAAGGUUCAUCUGGGAGAUGCUUCUUUGGUCAGCGACGUCCCGCCUUUUGUUGUGGAAAAUGGCCGCAAGGAAUUGAACAAGAUGCUAGAGACUGUCGUUGAGCAGAUGAAGGUCUCGUCAGCUCCGGUGCAUGUCUUACUUGUUGGUGGAGGCGCCCUGCUCGUCACCGAGACCCUCGCCGGUGUGGACAAGUGCAUCGUCCCGAUACAUCAAGGUGCAGCCAAUGCUGUCGGUGCCGCAAUUGCCAAGGUCUCUGGCGAAAUCGACGUGGUGGAAAUCCCCGAAGGACGAUCCGAAAAGACAAUUGUCGAUGCUGCGUGCGCGAAAGCAAUUGAUCUCGCUAUUGCCAAGGGCGCCGCCAAGAGUGGUGUCAAGAUCGUUGAGAUCAACAAGAUGCCACUUCAGUACAUGUCCAACGGGGCGAUCCGGAUACAAGUCCGCGCUGUUGGGCAUCUAGCGAUUCCUGAGGAACUCACACCACCACCUUCACCACCUGUGACGAUUAUGCACGAGUUUGAGGAAGACGAGGGCGAAAAGGUCAGUGUGCCUGAUGCCCUCGUACCAACAUACAAGCCAUCCUUGCACAUCGAUCUCGACGCAUACAGACCCGAUGUCCAAGACGGAACAUGGUAUCUCUCAGAGGUCGACCUCGAAAUGAUCGCCACAGGAUGUGGUGUUCUAGGAACAGGCGGCGGCGGCCCAACACACCACGAAUACCUCAAGAGUCUCGACGCGCUACGAAAGAAUCCUGAGAAGAAGAUGAGAGUUAUUUCGCCCAAGGCCUUGGACGACGAUGCGAUGGUUUGCUUUGGCUCGUGGUAUGGAAGUCCAAGUGUGAUCAAUGAGCGCAUUGCGGGUGGGAAUGAGAUUGUUACGGGAAUUAAUGCCGUCAACAAAGUCGUUGGGAACAAGACCUUUGACGGCAUGUAUAUUGAUGAGAUUGGUGGUGGAAAUGGCAUGAGUGCUUUCCCUUCGGCUGUGCACUUUGAUGUGCCUGUCGUCGAUGGCGAUGCUAUGGGUCGAGCAUACCCAACCAUGUAUCACGCCACGUUCAGCGUCUACGGCCACUCUCUGACACCAUGCGUUCUCUCCGACGCGAGAGGCAAUGUCAGCGUCGUAAUGAGUACCGACAACCCCGUCCGCCUAGAGUCCCUCCUCCGAACGACUGUCAUUGAGCUCGGUCUCGGCUGCGCAGUAUGCGCCAAUCCACUUCCCGGUUCGGUGAUUAAGUCGCAUGGUGUUCCCAACACUGUUUCUCAAGCGUGGUAUCUCGGUCGCGCUGUGCAUAACGCGCGACGAAAGAAGACCAGCUACGUAGACGCGAUUUUUGACGUUUGCGCUGGAAAGCUUCUCUUCACCGGAAAGAUUAUUGAUGUGAGACGAUACAUCGGCGGCGGCUACACAAUGGGUUCGGUAGUCAUCGCUCCGCUCAGCGCCGACGAGCGCGAAACACACGGCUCCAACCAAACCCUCCCCGAUUCCGACAAACAUAUGAUCAUUCCCUUCCAAAACGAAUACCUCUACGCAGCUCUUAGCGACGCCGACGGCACAGAAGCUUCCCAAGAAGUAGUCUGCACCGUCCCCGAUCUGAUCUCCAUCCUCGGCCAAGACGGCGAAGGUAUCGGAUCGCAGGAUCUACGUUACGGAUUGAGGGUGAAUGUCAUUGCGCUACCUGCGCAUCCGCUGUGGAAGACGGAUAAGGGUAUGAAGGUUGGUGGACCGGAAGGAUUUGGGUUGGAGAUGGGGUAUGUUGGUGUUGAUAAUGACUUUACCGAAGCGAGGAGUGUGAUUGAGGAGUUUGGGGCAUGA